AGGAUUUUAUUAUCCAACUCUCGUUUUGAUUGUGAUACACAUUUUUAUUAAAAUUUAAAACUCUAGUAUAAAAUUAAACAGAAAAUAGGACGUCAUGAUUAGCUCAAAUCAAAAGUCUUUGGCGGACAGCAGGGCCUCGCCGCAGUACAGUCCGUCUGUGUUAAUUGGAAACUGGGCGGAACGGCGCUACGCAGUGGAGGAGCAGAGCAACGCUAUCUUGCCAGGCAUCCAGGUGAUUGGAUGUGAACAUCAUCGAUCGCUCUACAAAGAUUCAUUUACGGAAGACGAUUUCGUUUCCCCCGAAACAAUGCCAUUUUUCACCGAACACCGCAAGCUGGCCUAUCAGAAUUUUAUGAAAAACAAUCGUACCAAUUUGAGCCUGGUUGAUAGUGAUUCUUUAAAGCGCAAUUUCACCACAACCAUGACCCUUGAAUUCCAGGAGCUGCCUAGACUAAAGAUGUUACACGCUUGUAGAGACCAGGGCAAGAUAGGGCUCCCGCAACAGCCUUUUGAGGUUGACCGACUUCAGGCAUUCGGGAAUCUGACCAAGACCCACAACUAUCUAAGGCGCUUUAAGUGCGAGAAACUUCUGUCCGAGCUUAGUUACAUGCAAACAACCUAUUCUGCUUUCUUUAACCGGCCAUGGAAGCGUCAGCCAAUCUUUGAAUUUGGCCCGGACUACGAUGGCGUGGUAAAGUUUGAUUUGGCUUGCUAAAAAAUUUUAAGUCGUAAGAGCUGAAAUGUAGUGUACGUAGUCAGAAGUGAAAAAUUAAAAAUAUACGGUCGGUAAUUUAUAUUACAAGAUUCAAUUUA